AUGUCAAAAAGACCUCUGAGUGCUAUCAUCAAAGAUUGGCAUAAGAGAUCAAUUCGAGAGAAUAGAAAAUCACCUAAUCAAAUACGCAAGCUCAUUAGACAGGAUCCCGAUGCAUUAGAGGCAAAACUAUACACGAAUCCAUAUGCUGCUAUAUUAGCCUCGCCAUUAAGAAAAUGCUCCUUUCACAGCCGUAUAUUUCCUUCUAAACUACUGCUUCGCUUUGGAUUAGCAUGGCACCCAGAAACAAACCGCAACUGGGCGUUUCCUACACUGCGAAAAACAACAGGGUUUGGUUACUAUGUCAAUUUCAAAAAAGAGAUUCUCCAAGUACUGCAGAAAGGAGCAUACCAAGCAACGUUUAGAGGAGCAGCCACCUACAGAUCAGACAUGGUGGAGCAUGUGCAGGAUGUCUUAUUUCGUCAAACUCACACUGAAUUUUGCAAACAUCCUAUACAAAUGUACGAUACGCUGGAACCCGUUACAGCCAAGCAUUGGAAAAGCAAAGGAUCAGCAGAAUAUCAAUGCAUUUUAUCGUUUGAUACGACAAAGAUAACCCUAUGCGAGCUGGAUCAUCAAACAGAAACGCAACAGCAUGUACCCUGCUACAACAUGCAUCGCAUUUGGUCUCCAGAGGACAUGGACCGUCUCAAAUCACAGCUCAAUAUACCCAAAAACACACCACUGGGACUCGGCGUACCUAAAUCAAUCGACACAGUUCAACUAGCUAUUGAUUUAUGGCAUUGCAGACAAUUUAUUAAAUAA